AUCAUCUCCUUUUACAAUUAGAAAACCCUUGUAGUAACCCUCAAGUCAGUGUUUCUUGUGAACAUCAAAACCUGAAUCCAAGAAAAGUUUUUCUCUCCAUGCAAAAAGACAAGGAAAUUGUUGUUGAAAUGGAAGAAGGCAGUCAUGAGAAGAAGAAGGAAGAAACCCUACCACCUGGUUUUCGGUUUCACCCCACAGAUGAAGAACUCAUUUGUUACUAUCUCACAAACAAGAUUUCAGAUUCUGAUUUUACAGCAAAAGCAAUAGCUGUUGUAGAUCUCAACAAAUGUGAGCCAUGGGAUCUUCCUGGAAAGGCGAAAAUGGGACAAAAAGAAUGGUACUUCUUCAACCUAAGGGAUCGUAAAUAUCCAACAGGUGUGAGAACAAACAGAGCAACGAACACAGGGUACUGGAAAACCACUGGAAAAGACAAAGAGAUCUUGAACAGUGUUACAUCGGAGUUGGUCGGUAUGAAGAAGACUUUGGUUUUCUACAAAGGUAGGGCUCCCAGAGGAGAGAAAACCAACUGGGUCAUGCAUGAGUAUCGCAUUCAUUCAAAAUCCACCUUCAAAAUCACUAAGCAAGAUGAAUGGGUGGUUUGCCGGGUGUUCCGGAAGAGUGGUGGUGCAAAAAAGUUCCCCUCAAAUUCAAACCACAGCAGAACAGUGAACCCUUAUGGUGUGGAAGUUAGCCCUAGCGUUGUGCCACCUCCAAUGAUGCAUCUGGGUGACCCUUCUGCUCAUUUCAAUUUCCUUUAUGGAUCAAGAAACUACAUGAUGAAUCCUUCAGAGUUCAGAGCAACAGUUUCCAUGGCUGCCACCGCACACACACAGCCCCUUCUGAGGCCAAUGAUGGCACCACCACAGCCACUUUCUGCUCACACAGUGGCCCAAAUGAAUCAUGAUUUCAGUUCCAACAUGGUGACACCUGCUGCUCUUGCUGCUCACAGUGUAGACUAUGGUGCAGACAUGACCAAUGCAAAUUCUCAUGGCAAUAGGUUCAUGGGCAUGGACCACUGCAUGGAUCUUGACAGUUACUGGCCUUCCUACUGAAUUCGGACUCUUUAUAAGUUUCAUACAUUUAUAAAAAACAUUCUAGUACUGAAACUGUAGUUGGAUAUCAUCAAAAUGAUUAUGUUUUUUUAAGUGUUUUAUGUCUCGUUCACGUUCAGGUAAAACUACUUUGCACAAGACUUGUGUUUGUGCCAAGAUAAUUAC